AAAUCAUAGGAAUUAUUUAGAAUAUGUAUUUUGUGUUGGAAAUUUAGUGCAAAAAUUGACGUAAAAUGAACUGUUAAAUUGAUUGUUGUUGUUUUAACAUGAAUUAUGACUCAAACUUUGUUUUUGCAUUUCUAAUUUGACUAAUUAGCCUAAAAAUUUGCCAAUUGGUUUUACACUCUGUUCUUUUUUAUAUAUAUUUUAUGUGAACAUAGAAGUACACAAGUAAAGUUAGAAGCCACAAGAAGUUAAUUCGAAAGUGAAGAGUGGAGCUAGAAGUAGUAAAGAAAAGUUAGAAGUAGAAAAUGAAAGCUUGGGUUUAAAGUAGAUUUGGAUUCACAAAUAAUGGAUGGUUGCAACGCCGUUUUCGCAAACACGAUAAGCUAUAUUGGAUGCCUAGUUGUAUUUGUCGUUAUUUUUAUCGUCAAAUUGCCUGCAGAAGGACUUUUUCCAUUGGUUGGAAAUAUGUUAGAGGGCAAUGGAAAAAAAAUAUCCCCAAAUGCGAUUCGAUAUAUUCUUCUCACAGCGUGGUGUUUUCAUUUUUUGCGUCGUGGCAUUGAAGUAUUUUUCGUGCAUAUUUAUAAAAGAAAAAUGUCCUGGAUUGAAACACUUGGUGGUGUCAUUUACUACUGGUGUCUUGCACUAUUUAAUUCUUGGGCUAUCGAGCUUUACGCUUAUAACCCGACUUAUCUACCGCUCAUUGUUAUUGGGAUAACUUUAUACAUAAUCGGGGAAAUCGGAAACUGUUUUCAUCAUUACAAGUUGCGUUGUUUUCGAACAAAAAAUUAUGAAGAUUCGAGAAUGAUUUCUAUUAAAACAGGCCGUGUCGUUCCCCACGGCGGAUUAUUCGAAUAUAUUCUAUGUCCUCAUUAUUUCUGUGAGAUUUUAACAUGGCUCGGAUUUUUUAUGGUGGCGUGGACACUGUGGUCGUUGUUGUUUCUCCUGUGCACGAUUGUGACUUUGGUGGUAUAUUCAAAUAGAAAACACGAAGCAUAUUUAAAUGACUUUCAAAAUGAGAGUUAUCCGAAACGGAAAAGAUUGAUCCCAUUCGUAUUUUGAUACACACACAAGACCCGCAAAAGGGCGAUGAGUCCUGAAAAUAGACAUCUUAGCUGACACAACAUUUGUUUAUUCUCAUGACAGCGUACAUUUAAAACAAUCUCGUACAUUUAAUUAACAUGUAUGUUUAGAGACUACACUUGUACGCUUCAGUUUAUUUUAAAAACUUUCUUCUGGCAAUA